CGUUGUUUAGAUUGAUACUAUUGAUAGCUGGAACUUGUCAAAUAAAGCUACUACUCUUUUCCUUUGAGAAUCCGUCAUUACUAUUGUUGUGUUUUGAACUUGUGUAGUAUUAGCCUACGUUGGAAGCACUGAGCAGUGAGACUUUACAGUGGCCGCUAUCAACUCUCCGCUUGCAAGUUGGUUUAAUGCUUAUUCGAGCAUAGCACAGAUGUACCACAUCACUUUCAGAGCAACACUUGCCAAACAUGUGCCAACACUUGGCAGAUGGCCAAAUCAUGCAAUCGCACGCAAUCACACGCCAUUCGGGCUGAUCUUGUCCUAUCGGUGUGCCCCGCCAUCCCAGAGGCAGGCACGCCCGGCGAAUGAAGCCUCUUUGACAUCACUUGCACAUAACAAGUAAAGCACGGAUGGCAGGUAAGACGGGGCUGAGGGGUAAUUGCCAACGACGUAUUGCACCUGCUCUUUAAGAUUCAUUUUAAAUCAUCUUUUUCUCUAGCUUGCAAGUUCAAUAAACUCAACGCCGUCAAUGACCCCAACCUCUAAUCAAUCCAUCAAUCAAUCAACGAGUGCACAAUCAACGCAGCAACACAAUGGCUGUCCCUCCCAAGUUUGCAGCCCACAAGCUCGAAUUCGCCCCGCCGGCCGCUUCAAGCUCGUCGGUCCCGCACGCAAAUCACACCUUUGAGCUCUACCUCGACUACUGCUGUCCCUUCUCUGCAAAGAUUUUCAAAACUCUCACCACGCAGGUUUUCCCAGUCAUUCGCGACAACUCCGUCUGGGCCAACAGCCUCGCCGUCGUCUUCCGCCAGCAGGUGCAGCCAUGGCACCCCUCUUCGACGCUGAUGCACGAGACUGGCCUCGCGGUGCUGCGUCUGGCCCCCGACAAGUUCUGGGCGUUUAGUACCGAGCUAUUCGCAGUGCAGACCGAGUUCUACGACAUCAGUGUCGUCAACGAGACUCGGAACCAGACUUACCGUCGCCUGGCCAAGGUCGCCGCCAAGGUUGGUGUCAGUGAGGAUGAGGUCUACAAGCUGUUGGCCAUUCCCGAGAAAGCCGGCGAGGACGGAUCGCUGAACAGUGGCAAUGCCGUGACCAACGACUUGAAGGUUGUCACCAAGAUGAACCGCCUGAUUGGCGUCCACGUUACUCCUACAGUGGUUUUUGAUGGAGUGGUUCAGGAUACGAGCUCUGGGUGGACGCUGGACCAGUGGAAGGAGUUUUUCACCAAGAACAUUGGUUAAAAAUGGAGGAAAGCAAGGCGAGAUUCACAUCAAGAUAGUGUUUUAUUUAAAAUAAAAUGAAAGGCUCUUUGAUUUGAUAAAAAAAAAAA